CGUCCACGUCUGUACCUAGACAUGGCGCUGGACGAGGACACGAGGAGACGUUAGACUACCUCAUAUUUUCCACUUUUAUGCUGUAAGAGGAGGCCGGGUGCUGGAGAAGAUGCUGCAGCGAGUGCUCUACCCUGCCGCCGUGUCCCUGCGCUCUGUGUGCCUUGACCUCAGCUUCAGGGAUCCGCUCUACAGAUCACACAUCCGUAACGUAAACCUCUCCACUGUACGCUGCUUCAGCUCCUCCACCGUCAGCAGGACCCCGGAAUCUCACAAGACACCCACUAAAUUCAAACCGGCACCGAGCGCUGCUCAGAACCAUGCAGGGACACCGACGGAUACCUCACCACAAUGUGACAUCGACCCACUGCAGGACAAGUCUAUCGGCCUCUACCAGAGGUUUAAGAAGACCUUCAAACAGUACGGCAAAGUGAUGGUGCCUGUACAUCUCAUCACUUCUACAGUAUGGUUCGGGUCAUUUUACUACGCAGCCAUGAAGGGGGUGAACUUGGUACCAUUUCUGGAGUACAUUGGCUUACCUGACAAGGUGGUGAGCGUUCUGCGAGACUCUCAGGGUGGAUACGCGCUAACAGCCUACGCCAUGUACAAGCUCGCCACACCAGCCAGGUACACGGUGACGCUCGGCGGGACGUCUCUGUCGGUGCAGUACCUGCGGAAACACGGCUACCUGUCCACCCCUCCUCCGGUAUCGGAGUACCUGCAGGACAAAAUGGAGGAGACGCGGGGGAGAUUCACGGAAAAGAUGGAGGAGACGAAAGAGAAAUUCUCUGAAACCAAGGAGCUCUUUUCCGAGCGGAUGGAAGAGACUAAAGAGCGAUUCGCCGAAAAAAUGGAAGAGACGAAGGACAAGCUCGCCGAGAAACUGCAGGACACGAAAGACAAAGUGUCUCUACGGAAGAAAGCAGAUUAGUGAGUCGUGAUGCCUCUUAACCCAGCUCGCAGUCUAACUGGAAACCAGUUUAAACCAAAGGGCCUGAAAUGUCUUUUUUAGUUAUAAUGUUUGUGUCUGGAGCAGAAGUUUUUAACCACUAACUGGUGGACUAUUGAUUUUUUUGGGAUUAAAAAGGCUAUUUAACAAAAUAAUUAGCAAAAUUAACUUUUAAACCAUUUAAUUGCAAUUAGGUUCGUAAUUGGUCUGGGGCCCAACUCUGGACAGUCCAGCAAUCCAAGGGUCAGCAGGAAACUGUUGUAUAGACUACACUUGCUAUACAUCACUGAAACUUUAAUGUUUUACCACUGCUUUAUUCUGAUCAGGGUCGCGGUGGGUCCGAAAGGCCGUAAACACCCCGGACAUGUCACCAGUCCACACGGCUGAUACACACACACACUCACUUAGGGCAAUAUUAGGCCUGACUGCAUGUCUUUAAACUUUUCGGGGGAAACCGGAGCACCUGGACACGGGGAGAACAUGCAAACUUUACACAGAAUGAAACCCAGGCCCUUCUUGCUGUGAGGUGACCCCUAAAUGCUCACUUUGCUUCAGGUUAAAUUUAUUAAAAACUAGCUAGCACACCAGCACCGAGAUUCUGAAGUCCUUGGUUGGUUCGGGGUCCAGUGCUUGCAGGGAGGGAUGACUGGAAUAUGUGGGCGGGGUCCUCAAACGCUGUGUAAGCACCCGGAUUGGCGGACAGAGGCGCCUGUGCAGAGUGCAUAGGUGGGAAAGGGUUCCGCUAAGGGCUGCACGUGGGUCGGAGGAGGCGUGAGCAGCAAUAUACCUACAUCGACUCCCCAGCAGCGGAAGACAAAUCGACUACGAUAAAUUGGGAGUAUAAAACUACUUACACAAAUGUUAUUAACAGUUAAUUUGACCCUUUAAUGAGCCACAUUUUAAAAUGAAAAAAAGAUGCUUGUUUUUGAGUCUUAGCACCUCGUUAUUAGAUCAAUAUUAAAACCACAUCUCGUUCUGUCGUUGUUCUGUCUUCAUCUCAGCAUUAAACAGGCGCUUUUAUCCAAAGUGACUUAAUAUUUUGAGGGUACACACUGCAAGCAAUUGAAGUUUAAGGGCCUUGCUCAGGGGCCCUUUCAUUUUUUGAAAAUUACUUAAUUAAUCUGGAUUUUAGAGCUGUAUAAACAAGCUUUAUUGUUGGGCUAUGAUUCGGUAUAUUAUUGCUUUAUAAUGACAAAGAUGAGACAGCUUUAGGACAAAUCAAAUGCGUGUUUAUUGUUAAAUACAGAACAGAGCUAAGAUGCGCGUCUUUUCUCUAUUAAAAAAAGGUUUAAAUUUAGCUUCUAGCCUAGGCUAGAUAUACACUGUAAAACGAAAAAAAAAAGUGUUUAGGCUAAAUAUUUUAAAUGCACAUCUAAUCAAAAUAUGAUAAAAACAAUAGAAUAAAGAAUAAAGUCUGUAAGAGCUUAAACCUGCGUUAUCAUGCACGCUAGAAAAACCAACAUGUUCACCUGAUGUGGUUCCAGAGAGGAUCUGAGUGGGGUAGCGAUGUUCCCCGCGGCACUAAAACUCUCUCUGAUGGUGUGUGUGUGCUCGCUGCACUAAUACACACGUACUGUACCUGCAAGCGACUUUAGAGAGCAGAGGAGAUCUAGCCUGGUUGUCGCGCCACUAUUAACCAUCUAUUUAGUAGGUAUAAUUAACAUAACAAUAUAUACUACAUUUCAAGUUAUUAUUCGUUUCAAUACAUUUUUAUUCAACGAAAAAAUACAUUUAAAUCAUUCCAGCAAGCCAGCAAGAGAAUAUCUGCAGGCUGCAAUGCCAUAUUAACCGUCAUUAAGUGCUUUAGUACACCAAGGCUGUUUGAAUAUAGUCUAAAUUACAAGUAUUUUAUUGAGUGUGAACUCAAUUUGAUCAUUAAUAAACUUGCCUAUAAUUAAUGUUGCCAUUGUUUCCAUUUUAAAACACAAACUCUGACACUCGGCAGCAACGGAUGCGAACAGGUUGCGGGAAAAUGACGCUCUUAGAUCAUUUUCAUUAUGAAUUUAUUUAACAUUUAUUCAUUCAUUCCACAAGAUGGACCCUGCAACAAAAGAAAGAAAAAACGUGAACAUCGCGGUGUUGCGGUUGCUUGGCAUGCCCUGCGGUUGGCUGGUCUAUACCGCGGUAUUUCAAAAUUGCGGUUAGCGCGACAGCCCUAUCCUCCACCACCUGGGUUUUCUAUACGUGUCCAAAUCUUUCAGUUGUGUCGGCUGAUUAUAUUUAUGAUAUAUAUUUAACACAGGGUGCCUGGGUGACACAGGUUAAUUACACUAACUGACUAACACUGGGUUCCAGGCGUCUGUGAUGGAUUGGCGUCCUGUCCCGGGUGUGUUAUUGCAUCGUGCCCGGUGAAGAGCGGUAAAACACGAGAAUGAAAUCUUAUAAUUGCAGUAGUUUCUGUAUAAUGAAUCCACUGUCUGUAUAAGCGCCAGAUUUGAAUUCCCUACCACCUCGCCACCCGAUACCACUGCGUAUUUUAUAAUCCUGAUACAUUUUGUACUUUAGAAUCAUUUCUGGAGCUUUUUGGUUCUGAUUUAAUUUGCUGUGCUUUGAAAUGUCUUGUUCUACGUGAUUGGAAUUGCUUUUGGGUGGGAAAAUCAUGAACUAAAUGAUAGUGACAACUAUCAUACAUCGAGCAGAAUAUUUGAUAAUUGACGAUGCGACUUCUGAGGAACUGUUUAGCUCUCAAGUUCAACUGGCGUACCCUUACAAUCCGAACACAAGGCCUAAACUCAAACGAAAGCUGUCCAGUUGAUUUAAAAGCGACCCAUGUUGACUAUCCUUUCAUUCACAUCUAUGCACAGAACCGCUCAUGGCUGCAGGACAAAAAAAACCCACUUUUUUAACACACUAGUGUUUCCAGCUCAGUUUAAAGUUGUUUAGAACUCAACGCUCAGGUGGCACAGCGGUAAAAUACGUCAGCACACCAUCGUAUCGAAUCUCAGCUCUGCCAUACGUUUGGCUGUUGUUCAUCCAGAGGAGGGAGCCGGACCAGAGUUCCUCAUAACUGAUGCAGGUACGACCUCUGCUGGCGUCUGCACAGAGUCGGGGAAUAAUGCUGAUCAGGGUGUGGCUCUCCAUGCACAAAGCUGAUCUGCAUAUGAACGCGCCUUGUGCAGGUGAAAAGAUGCAGUCAGAUACUGCUACUCGUGUGUCAGUUCGCUCUCCUCGAUCGGGGGUCGGCACCAGUAGAGAGGAGGCAUAAAAAUUGGGAGAAAAUGCAUAAAAAAAAAGUUCUGUUUAGAACUCGAUUAGAUUAGAAACUAAUUUACUAAACUCAGUGUGAUUUUUUUUUCUACAUGACAAGAAAUGGAGUUAUUUACUAAUUAACUUGAAGAUUUUUAGCAGUGUUGUGUGUUUGAGACUCAUUUAAAGCUAUAGGUUUGUAUCUGUAUGUUGUGUAAAUUCAUGUUAUCUUGGGAUCGAGCACAUGGAAUAAAUUUAUUAAGAUUUUGUUGUUUUAAAGAUAAAAUAAUGAGCGGAUGAAACAAAAUAAUGACGUCUAAUAUACUAAUGUUUGCAAUAUACUGGUAACCUUAAAAUGAUUAAAACCCUUCAGGAAUCACAA